GGAAGGCACGAUCAAGCUGGUAGAUAGUGAGGCCCACAGUUUAAGCCCCCUGGAAGGUCUUUUCCUUCAUCAAUUACGCCAAUCCGUUGCUUUUCAAUCGCUACUAGCCCCACUCCACAGGACCGACGGGCUGUAAACCGUUGGGAGGACUCUACAAACAUGGUACAUCCCUCCAUAUUCCCUCGAUGUGAUCGGUCGCUGACAACUCUGCGACUAUAACUAGAUGUAGUGGAACCAUUUUCGCUUCUCAGGAGCUGGGCCUGGAACAAACAGACGAGGGAGGGUGGAAGGAAAAGGAGUUCUUCAACUGACCAGACAAACCCCCACAAGAGCUCAGUUCUGAUGCUCCUGUGAGGGGAUCUGUGUUUUCCUGAAAGGAGGAUGACGAAGAUGGAAUCUUCGGCGGUCGUCCCUGCUAACAAUGGCAGGGACGGGUUGCCGCUGGUUGUGGCGCUGAAUUGCUUGGACGAGUGCAAGUUCGAAGAGGAAACCCUCAAUGGGAUAGCUCUCUUCCAGCAUGUGGAGCUGUCGCGUAUAGCGGACGGCCGUAUAGAGGCAGCCAUGGCGGUGCUGCUGCAUUCUUUGGCGUAUUUGCCGCGGGCGGCGCAGAGGAGGCUGCAGCCGUGGCAGCUGAUACUUUGUCUCGGAUCGUCCGAUAAGGCAGUGGACUCGGCCCUGGCUACGGAUCUGGGGUUACAGCUUCUCCAUGUGGACACCAGUAGGGCAGAGGAGGUGGCAGAUUCCGUUAUGGCGUUGCUGCUCGGUCUUAUUCGGCACACGCAUUUGCUCUCUAAGCAGGGCUUCUCUAGCUCUGGCUGGCUCGGCUCGCUGCAGCCGCUCUGCCGUGGUAUGAGGCGCUGCAGGGGGCUCGUUCUCGGGAUAGUCGGCCGAUCAGCUUCGGCCUGCGCACUCGCUACUAGGAGCCUCGCCUUCAAGAUCAGAGUGCUCUAUUAUGACUGCGAUGAGGUGAAAGGAAAGGCUCUGCAAGGUCGGAGAUCUUUUCCUCCAGCUGCUAAACAGAUGGAUACUCUUAAUGAUUUGCUGUCAGCAAGUGAUCUUGUAUCACUUCACUGUGCUGUCACAAAUGAAACACUUCAGAUUCUCAAUGCUGAAACGCUGCAACACAUUAAGCCAGGGGCUUUUAUUGUGAAUACAAGCAGCAGCCACUUGUUGGAUGAUUGUGCAUUAAAGCAACUUUUGUUAGAUGGAACUGUGGCAGGGUGUGCAUUGGAUGGUGCAGAGGGUCCACAAUGGAUGGAAGCUUGGGUUAGAGAAAUGCCAAAUGUGUUGGUUCUACCACACAGUGCUGACUAUAGUGAAGAAGUUUGGAUGGAAAUACGAGCCAAAGCUGUGUCAAUUUUGCAUACUUACUUCCUUGAUGGUGUGGUCCCCAGCAAUGCAGUGUCUGAUGAAGAUGACGAUUUGAAGGAGUUUACUUCUCAGGAAGAAAGAUCAGAGGCACAGGAUAAAGAGAAGCGUGUACGGGUACGAGAUGGAGAACUUCCAGAUGAUGAGAGUCAAGCAAGUCCAGAAUUUCGGCAGAAACAAACUUAUCAUCAAUCUCAGGAGCAACGUGUGCAAUCUCAGGAUUCUGGCAUCUCACAAAACUCUGGUGGUCAACGUGAAGAAAGACAUGCCAGAUCAGGCAAGAAAGGUAAAAAGAGGCCUGGGCGGCGUAAGUCACGUCAAAAGUCAGAUAAUUCAAUUGUACCAGAACAAGAAAAUAACUGCGUAGCAUUGCAACGAGAUGACCGUGGUGCUAGCAUAAGCGGAAGAGAUCAAGUGCUUAGUUCAAGUUCACGGUUUGCUUCACCUGAGGAUACAAGGCAUAGACGUGGUGGUGAUGUUGGUUCAACAGUGGACACAGCAUCUGAGAAGCAGACUGUGAGCAGCAAGGCCCCUUAUUGUCAAACAGGUGACCUCCUAAAGGAUGGGCUAGUUAUAGCAUUACGUGCAAAAGGUCAACCUGGAUACCAUGUAUCUAGACAAAGAGGUCCAGGUGGUGGUUGGUUUCUAGACACCAUGUCCAAUGUGACUAAGAGAGAUCCUGCUGCCCAAUUUCUUGUUGUUUUCCAAAGCAAGGAUCAUGUAGGUUUGCGUUCCUUAGCAGGUGGAGGCAAGUUAUUGCAGGUAAAUAGGAAAAUGGAGCUUACCUUUGCGAGUCAUAAUUUUGAUGCAUGGGAGAGUUGGAUUUUUGAAGGCUCAACGCUGGAGGAUUGCAGACUAACAAAUAGUAGGGUUCCCAAUGCUGUAUUGGAUGUGUCUAUUGAGAUCCUGGCUGCUAUAAGUGAAGAAGAUGGAAUUGCUAGGUGGCUCAGUUAAAAAUUUGUACCUGUUCGAAUGCGAGUGUUUUCUGUAAUGGUAUUGGCUAAUAUUUAGUGAUAAUAGGACCCUGAUUGUAGAAUACAUGAGUUUUUUAUUACCGAGAAGAGGCCUCUCUGGUGUGUGAGGGCAUUGUAUAUUAUUUUUGUUUUGGAAGCCAGGGAAGGGAUUUCAAGUGCAAUGAUCUAGUUGUGGAUUAAUUUUUUUUGUUAUUUCAGGUACAUCUGAUCUAAUGUUUUCCUAGUUGUGAAUCUCACUAAGCAUGCUGUGUAGUGUAAUAUGAACAACUAUACAGAGUUGAGAAUCAUGAGAAUAGUGAAUAGUCUAUAGCAUUCAAGUUUUUUUUUU